AUGGCAUAUAAGCAAUUGGGAGACAUCGACACAGAAAGCGAUGAGAGUCGUCUUCUGGAGUCUUCCAGCUGGAAGGAGUCGUCAGCCGUCUUGCAUUUCAAGAAGAGCUGGUAUCUCUUUCUUGGAGCCAUCACAUUGUUAUUUGUUUUCCUUGGCUUGUCGAACGUUGCGAUGAUUAUACGACUGGUCGACUUGAAACAGAGUUUGGUGGGGCUCGAGUCAAUGCAAGAGACCUGGCAAACGCUACAAACCUUGACCGAGUACAGCUCCAGUGAUCUUGCCACUGCGAACUCUGCUUGGGAUAGGUACAAAAUCAAUGGCUUUGUUGCUCUUCCCAAGGCUUGGACAGCGGAUCGCCAGUGGCCCAUUGCCAGAGACAUGCCAGAUGAUACAGACAAGGGUAUCUACGUCGUUGACGGCUUUCAUCAACUUCAUUGCUUGAUUACGAUACGGGAUACCGUGGCGGAUCUUCUGGACGGAAAGAUUGAGAAUCGUACUCACGUGGUACGCCAUCUCAACCAUUGCUACGAUGCUCUUCGGCAAGCCAUCAUUUGUAGAGCCGACGAUACGCCCCUUUAUGUUCCAUUGGACACCUUCUUUGCUGGCGAUGGACAGCAGCGCCGUUGCAAGAACUGGAAUACCCUACAAGAAUGGGCCUCACUUCUCGCAGCCUCAACAAACGGGAUGCUGGCGUCUUGGGCUGAGAUAGUUGCUGCCGUAUGUAUCCUCCAGCUUGGAUGGCUCCUAUAUGGCGUGGUGUAUAGGCUCUUUCUUAGUCCACUCGCCAAGCUUCCCGGUCCAAAGCUUGCUGCUUUGACCUCCUGGUAUGAGUUUUACUUCGACGUCAUCCAGCCGGGAAAGUUUGUGUGGAAGAUAAAGGACCUACACGAGCAGUACGGACCGAUCAUACGAGUUACGCCUUGGGAGGUGCAUAUCAACGAUGUUGACUUCCUCGAUGAUAUUUACGCACCAUCUCACCGCAAACGAGACAAGUAUGCGUUCCAGCUCAGAACACUACCGGUCUCGCUGUCGAUUGGGGGAACCAGAACACACGACCUCCAUCGAAGGCGACGCGAGGCGUUGAAUCCGUUCUUCAGCAAAAACAGUGUUAUGAGCCUCGAGUCGUCGAUCAAUGAAAAGGUGGAACAGCUUUGCCGUCUCAUGGAAGAUCGCCAGAAAAAGAAUACACCAGUGAAUCUGUCUGAUGUCUAUUACGGGUUUGCCUUAGAUGUUGUCUCCCACUACAGCUUUGGACACGAUGACAACAUUCUGGCAGACGAAGUGCAGGCAUCUACCAUGCGACGUAAUAAUUCAGAGCUACUGUUGGGAAUCAAGUUCAAUCAGCACUUCCCAUGGAUCGUUGACGCAUUGAACAUGCUUCCAACGACGAUAGCGAAGAAAAUCAUGCCACCUGGCGUCAGAGACAUGGUAGACUUUUCCACCAAAAUUCGUGGCGAGAUCCAGCAAGUACUUGAGGACAAAGAGAACGCCAGGAAAGGCAUCAAGCGAUCCAUUUUCUAUGAGCUGCGUGAUCAUCCCACUUUGCCAUCAGCAGAGAAAAGCUUACUACGGUUGGAGCACGAGGCAGUUCUCUUAGUCAUGGCCGGAACGGAUUCUACCGCCAAAUCCAUGGCUGUUGCGCAUUUCUACCUUCUGGCCAAUCCCCAGGUCAUGACUCGCCUUCGAGCCGAACUUCAAACGUUGUCCGCCGCCCCGUCUUGGGCAGAGCUUGAGCAACUUCCGUACUUCAACGCUGUCGUUGCUGAGGCCAACCGUUUAUCUUUCGGAGUCACUGCAAGACUUUGCCGCAUCGCCCCAGAGGAAAUUCUUAUGUACAAAGGGUACUGCAUACCUGCUGGCACGCCCGUGAGCAUGACAACUCUUUGUGCACAUACAAAUGAGACUAAUUUUCCCGAUCCGUGGACUUUCAAUCCGGAUCGGUGGCUGGGUCCGGAUGGGCCACGGAAACGAAAGUAUCACAUGGCGUUCAACAAAGGAAGCCGCAUCUGUAUUGGCAUCAAUCUUGCUCAUGCAGAGCUGUUCCUCGUUAUCGCGGCUAUGAUGCGCUAUGACAUGAAGCUGUUCGAAACCGAUAUCAGUGACGUCCAAUUCGAGCACGAUUAUCAUGUGGGAUUUCCCAAGCUAGAUUCGAAGGGCAUCAGAGCAAAGGUGCAGGGAAAGCAUGAUGGCUAA